AUGCGAGAUGGAUCACUCGUUGCAACCGAGGCAUCAUCUACGCGUCUCCUCACGGUGGACCCUGAGCGACGUCGAUCGCACCGCCGUUAACAUGCCUAAGUCUCUCCACCCAUCUGACAUCAGCAAUAGGUACAGUGUCACAGACGUUUGGUCCUGCAGGUUCUCCAUAGUUUACUAGACAGUCCGUCGUCCUGCGUUACUGUCCUUACUUCCUUGACUGGAUUCUUUGAACCACACUUCACCUCCAAGCGUAUCAAUUAUCUUACUGCAGAGAACGAUAUGAAAUCGGAAACCAUCCGCCGUGUCAACGGUUACGAGCACGAUGCAUACACGUACUAUCCGGUCGUGAUUAUCGGUGCCGGAGCCUCUGGCAUUGCCAUGGCUUGUCAGCUGAAGCAGCAGCUUGGAUUCGACCAGUUCCGUGUAUUUGACAGACAAGCAGGAAUUGGAGGCACUUGGUGGAUCAACAGAUAUCCUGGAAUUGCUUGCGACGUGCCAGCGAUGUUCUACUCGUUCUCGUUUGCACAAAAUUCUGAGUGGCGCUCGUUCUACCCACCUGGGCGUGAGAUCGUGAAAUACUACCACGAAGUAUGCGAGAAUUACCGCAUUACUGACAAGAUCGAAUGCAACACCGACGUCGCAGGCUGCAGAUGGCUGGAAGACGAGAAGCUGUGGGAGGUCACACUACGUCGCAUGACAGCAGGCAUGGGCGACCUCUCGUACAAGGACCGCGCAAAGGUCGUGCAAGAAAAAGGUGAACACGCCGUGUAUUCUGAGACGGAGAUUGUCAAGUCAAAGAUUGUCAUCAGCUGUGUGGGUGGUCUUGUCGAACCCAGAGGCUGGCCCGACGAGAUUCCUGGCCUAGACAGGUUCAAAGGGAAAGUUUUCCAUUCCGCAAGAUGGGACGAGACCGUCGACCUGCAGGACAAGAACGUAGUCGUCGUCGGUACGGGGUGCAGUUCUGCGCAAAUCGUCCCGAGGCUCCCUCAUGCCCCGUACAACGCGAAGUCCGUCACUCAGCUUAUGCGAUCGCCGCCCUGGGUCGUGCCUUCGGUAACCCCGCCUGGUGGUGAUGAAUGGUGGGAGAAGAAUAGCUCUAAGGUUUUGGGCUCUAUUCCUGGGCUAAGAGGAUUCCUUCGAUUCAUGAUUUUUCUUGGUGCUGAGGGAAGCUUUCUCAAGCUCUUCCCAAACACUCCGUAUGCGGAAAAACACCGCAAGCUCUAUGAAGCCAAUACUCUAGCGUGGAUGAAGAAGACCGUACCUGAAAAGUACCACGAGAUUUUGACACCAGACUAUGGGGUUGGCUGCAAGAGGAGAAUCUUCGAUAAGCGCUGGCUGAAGAGCCUCAAUGACUCCAAGAUCGAGUUGACAACAAUGCCACUGACGCGCUUGACAGAGAGCGGCGUCAUUCUUGGGCCUGGCGCAACCUACCCUAAGGAUGCAAAGAAGGAAGACUACCCUGAGCGAGAAGUCCCUGCUGAUGUGGUCGUGCUUGCGAACGGCUUCGACACCACUCGAUGGCUGCACCCUAUUCGUGUGGCAGGAAAGGAAGGCAAAGACCUGGUCGAGGUCAUGGAGGAGCGAGGUGGAGCGCAGGCCUACCAAGGAACAGCAAUGGAUGGCUUCCCCAACUUCUUCCUUAUCUUCGGCCCCAACACAGCAACUGGUCACUCUUCUGUUGUAAUGGCCAGCGAGAACAUGGUCAACUACAGCUUGAACUUCAUCAAGCUUAUUCUUAACGGCGAAGCAAGCACUGUGGACGUUAAGAAGGAAGCCGAGAUGAGUUAUACGAGAGAGCUGCAGGGAGCUCUCAAGAACACUGUUUGGCAAAGCGGCUGCUCAUCAUGGUACUACACCAAGGACGGCUGGAACUCGACUGUGUAUCCAUACACUCAGAUCGAUUUCUGGCGACGAUGUGCUUUUCCCAAGUACGGCGACUGGAACAUCGCAUACACAAGUAGGGGCACGUCGAGAAUUAGACGGACAAGAGCAUUGCGCCUGCUCAGUAUGACCCUCGCCAUCGUGGGUGUGUACCGCUGGCGCAAGCAUGGGAUGGAAGUCAAGGACAUCAGAGCGGUAUUGUUGAAUGCUCUCCAGGGCUUGCUCGCGACUGCAGCACGUGCCUGGGCAUUGCUGAAGGACCAGGCGCAUCUGUAAGGAUAUGUAUUGAGAUAUCGUAGUGCGUUCCCACAAGAU